AUGUCGCUGUUUUGCUGCGAUGGCGGGGGACCUUGUGCGCAAAGUUCGCGGAUGAGGGUUGAAACCAAUGGACCAGCUCCUAUAGUACCAGAUUCAUCGGGGAGGGUAAGCACGCCUUUGCCCAUGCUUCAAGAUUGGGACAAGCUGGGAGCAAGGGAAAAGGAGGUUGUGCAAGAAAAGCUGGAGAGUAUAGUUAAUGCCUUCGCUCGCGAGCUUACGAGGGGAAAGGUGUUCAUGAAGCUCGGACGAAACGGACGCCUUUUCUACCGUCUUUGUACCCUGGACAAACAGCUCACAGCUUUUUCCAUGCAUAUCAAGGGAGCCAUUGUAGAGUACCCAUUCAGCCAUAUGCAACAUAUUAGCUUUGGCUAUGAUCUAACCGACUUCACUCAUGUGCCAGUCUCCCUGCCUUCAGAUGCUUUGGCAGCUGUGAUUGUGAUGGACAAUCGGCGCAUGAAUUUGGUGUUCUCCUCUCCAAUGGAACGGGACGAGUUCGUCACCUGCAUGCUGGUUCUCAAGGAGCGGCACAGGCGAAACAAUUCCUGA